CCGGGCGGCGGCGGCGGCGGCGGCGGCGGGGCCCGGCGGGGCCGGAGCGGGGCGGCGGGGCCGGACCCCCACCAUGCCGCAGCUGGAGCCCGCGGCCGGGGACGACCUGGGGGCCCCCGACGAGCUCAUCGCCUUCCAGGACGAGGGCGAGGAGCAGGACAAGGGCGCGGGGCGCGGCUCGGCCCACGGGGACCUGGACGAGCUCAAGUCCUCCCUGGUCAGCGAGACCGAGAACCGCGGCGCCGGCUCCGGCUCCGGCUCCGGCUCCGACCCCGAGGCGGAGCGGCCCCCGCAGCCCCGGGAAAGUUUCCAGAAGCCGCGGGACUAUUUGGCAGAAGUGGUCAGACGCCAGCAAGAUGGGGGGUUUUUUAAGGGCCCCCCCUACCCCGGCUACCCCUUCCUGAUGCUCCCCGAGCUGGGCAGCCCCUACCUCGCUAACGGAGCCCUGUCCCCCGGUGGCGCCCGCACCUACCUGCAGAUGAAGUGGCCGCUGCUGGACGUGCCCGCUGGUGCCACGCUGAAGGACAGCCGCUCGCCCUCGCCCGCACACUUGGUAAGAGCCGCUGCAUCCCACCGGGAUGAGGGGUUCCCAGCCCCCCGUGAUGCUGACGUGAGGUCGCUUUCUCCCUCCCGUGUGCUCUGCCCGCAGUCGAACAAGGUGCCGGUGGUGCAGCACGCCCAUCACAUGCACCCGCUGACGCCGCUCAUCACCUACAGCAACGACCACUUCUCACCGGGGUCACCUCCCGGGCACCUCUCACCCGAGAUCGACCCCAAGACGGGAAUCCCACGGCCGCAGCACCCCUCGGAGCUGCCCCCCUAUUACCCGCUGUCACCGGGAGCCGUGGGCCAGAUCCCGCACCCGCUGGGCUGGCUCGUGCCGCAGCAAGGGCAGCCCGUGUACUCCAUCCCUCCUGGCGGCUUCCGGCACCCCUACCCUGCCCUCGCCAUGAACGCCUCCAUGUCCAGUUUGAUGUCCAGCCGCUUCUCCCCACACAUGGUCCCCCCCCCGACCCAUGGGCUGCACCCCUCGGGCAUCCCGCACCCCACCAUCGUCUCGCCCAUCGUGAAGCAGGAACCCACCCAGCCUAGCGUCAGCCCUGGAGGCAACACGAAAUCCCCCGUGACUGUGAAGAAGGAGGAGGAGAAGAAGCCCCACAUCAAGAAGCCGCUGAAUGCCUUCAUGUUGUACAUGAAGGAGAUGAGGGCCAAGGUGGUGGCCGAGUGCACGCUGAAGGAGAGCGCUGCCAUCAACCAGAUCCUGGGCAGACGGUGGCACUCGCUGUCGCGGGAGGAGCAGGCGAAGUACUACGAGCUGGCACGGAAAGAGCGGCAGCUCCACUCGCAGCUCUACCCGACGUGGUCAGCGCGGGACAACUACGGCAAGAAGAAGAAGAGGAAGCGGGAGAAGCUGGCGCAGCAGCAGCAGCAGCAGCAGCAGAGCCACGACACGGACAGCUCCCUGGUGUCCAAGGGCAAGAAGCCGUGCGUGCAGUACCUGCCGGCCGAGAAGCCCUGCGCCAGCCCCGCCUCGUCGCACGGCAGCAUGCUGGACUCGCCCGCCACGCCGUCGGCAGCGCUGGCGUCCCCGGCCGCGCCGGCAGCCACGCACUCGGAGCAGGCGCAGCCCCUGUCGCUCACCACCAAGCCGGAGGCCAGGCUCAGCGUGCAUUCCGCCAGCUUCCUCUCGGGCAAAGCCGCCUCUUCCUCCUCCUCUUCCUCCUCCUCCUCCUCCUCCUCCUCCUCGAGCCUCGGCAGCCCGCCCUCGCUCCUCUCCAGACCCAUCCCCUUCACCUCGGUGCCCUCCGCGGCUCUCCUGUCCUCGCCUCCAUCCUUCGCGGCCACCAUCCCGUCCCCGCCGGCUGCUCUGGCCGUGCUGCAGACGCAGCCCCUCUCCCUGGUCACCAAACCUGCUGACUAAGGGAAAACCUUGUCCCCCUUCUCGGCCCCGGCCCGUCCGUCCCCUCCCUGCUGUACAUUGCAGAAGCCACAAUCAAGAUUCAAACGCAGCCAAAACCAUUAUUGGUCAAUAUUUGACCCUCUCUGAACUCUUUUGUAAGCAGACUCUGGAGGAAGGGGCUUUCUGCUCACACGUAAAGACCGUUUUUAUUAAUAAAAAAAAGGAAAAAAAAGGCAAAAAAAAAAGAAGAAAAUAGCCCCUCCGUAAGCUGCCGAUGAUGGAAACAUCCUGCGAGGCGCCUGCGGGCAUGAAGCGAGUGCUCCCAAUGCCAUGGGCAGUCCAGCACGGAAUGCAGCGGGCAUUGCAUCCAUCCCGGAGGCAAGAGGAGAAACACCAGCGACAGACCCGCUGCCUCCUGGUGCUCCAAACCCCUCCUGUCCUGUGGCUCUGCUCCCGGCCACAGCGAUGGCUUUGCUCCAUCCCAGCGAGGAGCUGGAUCCUGCCCUGGGGAUGCUCCGUGCUGCGGCCGUACCGGGGGGCAGGAUCCGGGGCUGAGCCCUGGCUGGGGGCGUUUUCUCCCCAUGAAACCCUGUUAUUUUUCACUAAAGGAAAUAAAACCUCAGCUGUAA